GGGGUUUUUUUCAAUGUGCGCACUUCACCUGUCCUCCUCAAGAGGCAGACUGUGGCGCAUCAGCAGAUCAUCAGACACCCGCACAUCUCAGACACAAAACACUCCUCAAGCUUGUCUCAUUACAUUGCAUAAUAUCGACAAGCCAUCAUGCGUGAGUGUAUCUCCAUCCACGUGGGUCAGGCCGGUGUCCAGAUUGGGAAUGCCUGCUGGGAGCUUUACUGCCUGGAAACUGGGAUCCAGCCGGACGGACAGAUGCCCAGUGACAAAGCCAUCGGUGGAGGUGACGAUUCCUUCAACACCUUCUUCAGCGAGACUGGAGCCGGAAAGCACGUCCCCAGGGCUGUUUUUGUGGACUUGGAGCCCACUGUCAUCGAUGAGGUGCGCACUGGGACCUACCGUCAGCUCUUCCACCCCGAGCAGCUGAUCACCGGCAAGGAGGAUGCUGCCAACAACUACGCCCGUGGACACUACACCAUCGGCAAAGAGAUCAUUGACCUGGUGCUGGACAGGAUCCGCAAACUGGUGGGGAACUUGAUACCAGGGAUCCAUUCCUAA